AUGGAACCCCCCUGGAGGAGCAGCAGGUCCACAGCGUCUCAUACUCUACACCAGUAUUGCUGUCCUACUCAGGUCCUUGACUCCAUGAAGCUUACCCCCUCAGGCAGGCUGGCAGAGAGCAGCAGCAGCAGCAGAAGCAGCAGCAGCAGUAACAGCAGCACUAACAGCAGCAGCAGCAGCAGCAGCAGCCUGGGAACCCUGGGAACUGGCCAGGCCUGGACUCCAGGCUGCUAA